AUGUCGUCUCAACCAGAAUCACCAAAAGAGCCGGAAGCUGCAAAGAACGAGCAAAUCGAGAGCAUUUCUACAGCACCCCCCAGCAAUGAAGAACCAACCAAAGUGGACGAGUACAAAGCCCGCAUGACCUUCAUUGAAGACGUUCUGAUCGACAUCUGCUGCGGCAAGCAGCUCAUCGCCAUGGUCAGAUUCGACGGCCAGCGAGCAUCCGUCCUGAACCGUCAAAUCGCGCAGUUCGGACUCCAGGCACUUCAAUUCUGCGACGACAAGAACCCGGAUCUACGAGCUCAAAUCCUCGAAAAGGUCGCCGAACGCUACGUCCCGCUUGGGAGAGACGACAUUCCGAUCGAAGAAGCCCGUCUCCGCGCAUCUCGCACCCUGGAGGACAUGCAAUGCUUGGCGAACGGCGAGUCAAUCAAAGCUCUUUGCGCCAGGGGCGGCUUCAUCAACCCGGGAAUCAUCAAUCAGCGUGUUGCUAUCGUUGCCACUCAGGUUUUGACGGCCAUUAAGGACUUUGGGGUGGACAAGGAUGCUUGGCGCUAUGCGGUGGCCGAGUUGUUGUCGGGAAAUGCGUAUCCAAUUUCCUUCUUUGACGAGCUCGGCGAAAAUACCACUAAGAGACGAUUCAGCAACGCUGGCAAUACCAGAGGAGUCGCAGGCAAACGUGGUGGAUGGGGACACUCGACUGGUGGAAAUGCUAAUUGGGAAAAUACUCAUGCCAAGUCAGCUGCGUGGAACAACGAUGGAGUUGGCGAUGCUCCUGCUGAGAAUUGGUAG